GGCUGUUUACCAGGAGAGAACAGCCCGGGCGAGCCUCGGACCGACCCGCAGCCAGUCCGCCGGCCGGCCCGCCAGGGAGCCGGGUAGCGAGCGGCCAAGCGCUUGGCCGAGGCAGCGUCAGGAUCAGCGGCCAGGGCGCCCAGCCCGUCCGAGGAUGCGCUCCGGUUCAACCCGGCGCCCCGGGAUGCAGCCGCCCCUGCCCUGGGGGCCCGCGCUGCUUCUGGGCACCGCGCUCCUGGGCGCAGCCUCGGGCUCCCGGGGAGGCUGCUUCUGGGACGAGGGGCAUCUGUACCAGGCUGACCAGAGCUUCUCUGCAGAGGGACUGCCCUGCCUCAAUUGGCAGGAAGUGCAAAAUCAGGGGACAGAAACUCUCACCACUGGGGAGGCCCCAGGUCGGACAACCACGGGGGAGAACCACAGCUUCUGCCGGAACCCUGACUCGGACGCAGCGGGGCCCUGGUGCUACGUGAGCGGCUCCUCAGGAGCUCCGGAGAAGCGGCGCUGUGAGCCUGUCCCGUGCGCAGGGACCCCUACUCAGGAAACGUUGCCCUUCACCACUGAUGCAGGGGCAUCUCAGGAAGGCCGAGGGGCCGAAGGGGAAGUCUUCGAGGUGGCAGACUCUCUGCCCUCUAACAGUGAGUCGGCAGCUGUGCAGCCCGUGAUUGGGGUCAGCCAGAGAGUGAGGAUGUCAGAGAAGAAAGACCUUGGCAUGAUAGGCUACGUGCUGGGCAUCACCAUGACGGUGAUCAUCGUUGCCAUCGGUGCUGGCAUCGUCCUGGGCUACGUCUACAAGAGGGGGAAGGACUUCAAAGAGCAUCGAGAACAGAAAACCUACGAGCGGGAGAUGCAGCGUAUCACCUUGCCCUUGUCUGCCUUCACGAACCCUACGUGUGAGAUCGUGGAUGAGAAAACCAUUGUGAUUCACACCCACCGGACUCCAGGGGAGGACACAAAGGAUGGCAGUGCCCCCCUCAUGGGCCAGGCUGGCACGCCUGGGGCCUGAGUUGGUGGCCAGUGGGUAGGAGUCCACACUGACGCUGACUUCCCAGGACAGCCCCGCCCUCCCAGAGACAAAGGACUAGAGGGGGCCCCUACUUCCCCAGUAGGGUCAUCCCUUGGGGCAGGACUUUACUCAUGGAGAUGGCUGUGGCAACAGCUGUAGGGGUGCUGUCUGCUGGGACUUCCCCCAGAACUCAAACCGGGGACAGGGUGGUCUUUGUCCCAGUCUCCCCUUUUCCCUUUGUGCUCUAGAAUUCCACAUGGCCUUGGCUUCCUCCCUGUCCCCACCUCUAGAGGUGUGAAUGGCACGUAUAGACUGUUAACUUUGUAUUCAGGAAAAACAGGAGCUUCGUUCGCAUCAGGGUCAGUUGGUGAGUUGGGGCCUCUCAGCUGCAUUUGUGGCCCCUUGAGGACAAGAGCUCAGUUUAUUGCUUAGAGACACAGGCUAAGAGCGCUAGAGAUGGAGGGAGGGUCAGGUCUGUUCUAGCGUAACUGCAGCCCAGGGCCAAUUCCAGGCCCAAACGAAAAGAGAAGAAAAUUUACUGAACAUUCCGUGUAGCCUGAGGCCUGAGCCAGGUGCCUUAGGCCAACACAAGGGAGUCAGGCCUGGAAUCUCUGGACUGAGAGAUGACGUCAGGAAAAAAAGGACAGUAUUUUAGGGAUUGCAAUUGUCCAAGGAACCAGAAAUGUCAGUCAGCAAUUCCAUGGCUGGAUCCUUUAAACAUCCCCCAGGAGGUUACUGCAGAAGCUUGAGGGUCAGAGGAAAAGGAAAUGCAGACGGGGGCUUACACAGCAGGGCUCUUUGGGGCUCGCCAAACUGUGCCCCCUUGCCCCGAUAGCCUCUGAAAGUCCACGGCUGCACAGGACAGUGGGGGGAGAGAUAGGCUCACUCCCACAGGGUCCGGGUCUCCAAUCCUUCCUCCAAGUCUUUUGCGGCUUCUCAUAAGGCCUUGGGAGGGAGGGACUUCAACGAACCUGCACCUGCUCUCUAUUCCCUGAAAUGCAAGCGGCUGUGCGUGUGUGUGCGCGCGCGCGCGUCUAUGUGGGUGUGUAUGUGUGUGUGUGUGAGAAUGCACCAGCCCUGGAGUGGUGGGUGGCUCCAGUGGAAGGAACGACCUUGGCAUCCAUACGCCUGGCUUGCAUGUGCAUUGCACACCAGGACACUGCCAUGUUAGUGGUUCUGACUUUUUUUUUAACCAUUUCUGUGUGUUUUAUAUACCUCAUUUUAACACCUGCACACAUAGGCAGGAAGCCACUCUGGAUUCAACUUGGUAAAAACACAUUAAACAGGACAAAACUCA